UCCUGGUACCUAAUUUUCUUUUAAAUGAACCUGAUUUUCUAUUUGACAUGCUAACAAAUAUUAUCUGUAUCGAAUUAUUUCAAGCUCGAAAUCGAAGUAUUUCAAUGUGUAAUCGAUCAUCGAUUACUCUCCAUUACUCAUCAACUUAUUAGAUUUUUUUUGGUUGUUGCCGGCCCAGACAUUUUUAGAAUGUCCUAUAUAUUACUAUGAGAGUCAAUUCUAGUUCGAUGUUAUUGGUCUAAAAUAUAAUACUUUUUAUCGUCAUAUCAAUAUGUGCGGAUCGAGUUAUUUGAAGUAUGUAAACUGGACUUUAAUGUAUUACUCUUAGUGAGCAUAAAUUCAGCGACUCUUUGAAAUGAUUCUGUUAAUUUGCAUUUAUAGAUUACUUGGAGUCCGCUUGAAAUACGUAUGAAAUCGAUGUCUUUUUUUAUAAGUUUAUUUCAUGAAAUGUCAAGAAAAAACAAAUUAUAAUGAAAGCCGUGUGUCUUGCGUGACUAUCACCUUUCACUAGAACACCGCGUGACCUUUUGGCUGCCGUAUGUAGAUUUCGCGCGAAGUUAUCAUGUCUUCAUGAAAUGGGUUCUUGUGACUACAAAGCUCUAUUAGAUCAUCACUUUCAUGAUAAUAAUCCUUGUGGUAUAAGUAAAGAGUACCCGAAUGAGGUAGAGCAUUUGGAGCUAAAUGAGUGUACUCGCGAUGUAUCCGGUCAUCUGAAAUCACUGAAGCUCAGCGCAGAUGAAGGCAUUGAUACCGAGCUUAAACUUUUGCUAGCUCGAGUCGGUAUCUUCGAUGUCGACGCAAGCCAUAAAUCAGUAACUAUUUGCCCGCGACAUCGCGGAGAACAGGGCCUUCGUUGGAGAACGAGAAAAAUCAACUGCUCAAUUCCAAAUGAAAUCAUACAGCAUGUUGACUCAGCCAAGGGAAGUCAUCGUGUCACAAGCUCAUUGUCUGCAAUCAUUUUAAAGAACACCGGAACUCUUGUGCCUGUUGGACUGCGAAAGUGCGCUGCAAACCAUGACUAAUGCACACUCAUGAAUCUAUAGCACAAUACUAAAAAGUUGGAAUGUUGUAUGACUUUGUAUGUUAGUAAAACGUAUCAUAUUUGAGCAUUUGUAUGGGUAGUUGAAUACAUUCGGAAAUAAUCGAUGUCUUGUUGACUCCUUUGCAGCCUGUGUUGAUGUCGGACUUGGCGUACACAGGAAGACCGAAAAUAAUCAUAAUUAUUUUGAGGAGGGUAUAAAAAGAGGAGGAGAAAAUAAUUAUAUUCAGUAUUUUUUGAGGAGGUAGUUAAUUUUUUCACACUAAUGACGUAAC